AUGGAUUCAUCUUCUAUCCAUGGCGGCACUGAGGGCCUUAAAAAUACCGACUCGCAUGCCCAGAAGGCUAAACUGGCCUCCGAUAUUGUCAAUGAUAAUUAUGACGGCACCCCAAAGCGACAGCACACUGCAAAGACGCCCGAACUAGUAAAAAACAGAUCCACUUUGCAGGUUGCCUUUAUGUCGUUCGUUCUAGCUUCUAUUCCGUAUGGACUGUCGACAACGUUUAUCUACCCUCUUUACAACGGUGGCCCUGUAACUAUUAUCUGGGGAUGGCUUGCGGUUUCGUUGAUUAUCAUCUGCGUUGCUGCAUCCCUAGGCGAAAUAACAAGCGUAUAUCCUACCGCUGGCGGGGUCUAUUACCAGACAUUCAUGCUAUCACCUCCUCGAUGGAGAAAAUUAGCGGCCUGGACCUGUGGCUGGGCUUACGUUGCCGGGAAUAUUCUCAUUACUUUGGCUGUCAACUUCGGUUCAACGACAUUUCUUGUUGGGUGCAUAAAUGUCUUUGAGUCGGAGAUUGGAACCGGAACCCUGGCAAGUGAGACUUAUCAGCAGUUCCUGAUUUUUGUCGCCAUAACCUUAACCUUUGCCAUUUUUUGGACAUUCUCUGGUGUAAUUGCCAUCGUAGCCUGUACCUUGGCCCUGGCGAAGAACGGGCGAAAUUCAGGUGAAUAUGUAUUUGGCCAUUUCGAACCUUUGUCUGGCUGGACCUCCGGCUGGGCGUUUUGCGUUGGUCUUCUUCAGGCCGCGUAUGCCACAUCUUCAACCGGGAUGAUUAUAUCCAUGUGCGAGGAAGUCCAGAACCCAAGUGUACAAGUGCCGAAAGCCAUGGUUGGAGCUGUAAUUCUCAACACUCUCGCCGGAUUACUUUUCCUCAUUCCUAUGGUUGUCGUGCUCCCUGACCUUACCGAGCUUGUCACUGUAGCGUCUAGCCAACCACUACCUGUCAUCGUGAAGUCGGCAGUAGGGAACGCUGGGGGCACCUUCGCCCUACUGAUACCGCUUAUUGUUCUUGCUAUACUAUGUGGCAUUGGCUGCACCACUGCCACAUCGCGCUGCGUGUGGGCAUUUGCGCGUGAUGGUGCUAUGCCUGGCUCAUAUUUGUGGGAUAAAGUGAAUGGAUCUCUCAAUACCCCUUUCAAUGCCAUGAUGCUCAGCAUGGUGGUACAAAUCGCACUUGGCCUCAUCUACUUCGGAUCGGUGACCGCAUUCAAUGCUUUCUCUUCCGCGGGUGUUAUUUUCCUGACGGUCAGCUAUGGGGUCCCAAUUGCCGCUUCUCUUUUUAGCGGACGCAAACAAGUGAAAACAGCCAGCUUUAACCUAGGAGCUUUCGGAGUUUUCUGCAAUGUCAUUUCUCUUGCCUGGACUGUACUCGCCGUUCCGCUGUUCUGCAUGCCGACAACUCUCCCCGUUACAGCAGAGACCAUUAACUAUGCAUGUGUGGUGUUUGUUGCUGUCAUAAUCAUUGCCGCUGGGUGGUACUGGGCCUGGGGCCAUCAAAACUAUCAAGGUCCACUCGUCGAUGGAAUUCCAGUGCCCGUGGAACACCCCAUGCUAGAUGAAUCGUAUGAAGAGGCAGAUCUGAUGCACUGA